AUGAAUGGCAAAACAUUCAGUGCUGGCUGCUGGCUCUGCCUGUGCGACGUUUGGCACCACAGCCCUGCUCCCCUGAGCCUCUUACAGAGCAGCUUCGGCCUGGGCUGUGCAAUGCACGCCUUGUUCCUAAGCGUGUGCAAUGGUGUCUGCAAGCAGCAGGCAGACGAGAGGACGAGGGCUGUGCAGUGGGCAACUGGCUCUGCUCCCCUCUGCUGCACACCAGAGGGUGCCAAUGGGGAGCGAGGGCUGAGCACACGGAGCACGCAGUGCACACUGCUCACCCCUGAGCAGACGAUGCACGCUGCACACAGUGAGCACACGGUGCCCCAAGCAGCUCUGGAUGAGAUCUCCAGCAGAAUUUCAGAUCUGGACAAAUGGAGAAAAAUUUUCAGUUUCUGUGGCCGGGAAGGCAGUCAGACCAGCCCCCAGGGACCUGCGGGCUGUGGGCACGGAGCAGCGAGCACCACAGGAGCCCUGGAGCCGCGUGUGACACCUGCGGAGCCCCAGCAUGCGGGGCGGCCCAUCUCCAUGGACGUGGCAAUGGCACUGCGGACACUGCUGCUCGGGAACGCAUCAUGCGCCUUCAGCCAGGACUGGACACGGGCACACUUCAGGUUCUGUGAGCCGCACUCUGACCUGGCCUAUGCCCUGGAGGCUGAGAAGGGAGGAACAAGAGCCAUUGUGAUGGCUGUGCAGGCAAACAUCAUUAAAUACCUGCUCUUCAUGAGGAACACAGAACACACUCACCUGGAGAGACUGCACAAAAUCAGCCAGAAGGAGCAAGGAGAGGCCCUGGCUGCAGCCCUGGCAGACAGCCUGUGGGCAGCGGGCGACGGCCGGAGAGCCACUGUCUGCAUCCUCGCUGCGGCCGCCCACUGCUCCCCUCCUGCAGGCUACAAAGCCGACAGCUUCACUGAGCGGAUCCACCUGUUCGAGUUCCCCGAGAAAGCAGCAGCUCAGGAGUUCAUCUUUGACCACAUUGGCUGUUUCAGAGAUGAAGGAAGUCACGGACUGAUCCUGUUUUUAUACAGUUUACUUUUCUCUAGGACACUGAAAAGGGUCGCGGAGGAGCUGGGCGGCACAACGCCGCGGCUGUUGGAGCGCAGCUCUGGAAACGUCGCGUGCACGCAGGCGGCGCUCCUGCUCGUCCUGGCGGGCCGCGCGCAGCCCGGGCGGCGCAGUGAGGUGGGCUUCCUGCGCUGGAGCGGUGAGGAGGCCGAGCGCCGCCUGGCCCCGGUUGGCAGCAUGCUGAAAACUCCCAAGUUCCCCAUCUGGCUGUGCAGCAUCAACGGGACUCACAGUGUCCUCUUCAGCACCAACCGGCUGCUCCUGUCCGACUGGAAGAUGGAGCACAUCUUCCACCUGUAUUUCUACAAUGGGCAGUGCAGAACAGCCCACCUGACCAUAGAUACCCACUCGCAUCACUGGGAAGAGGGCCGCAGCGAGGCUGCGAGCAGCCCAGGGAGGAGGGCUCCAUCGCUGGAGAUGGCCAUCAGGACCAAGUGGCCGGGGGCGGCUGUCAGAUGGAAUGGCAUGCAGCCCUUCUUCUGAGCUGCCCCCCACCCCACCACCACCAGCACCAGCACCAGGAGCAGGGCCAUCGCUGGCACUGCCACAGCCCUCAACCUGAGCCGGCGGGGAAAAGGAAACAGCAUGGCAACGCGGUCAUUUCCUCCCAGGCAGAGAUGUUUGAGAAAUAAAAGCGUGUCGUGAA